AACCUACUAAAUGCUUUUAUAUUACUGCUCUAAGGCGACUGGCCGAGGACAGAGUUAGGGGCCAACUGGUCACCAGGGUGGGACAUAUAGGACUGGUCUGUUGUUGUCCUGCUGGUGUCCUGCCUGUCCUCUGUGACUAUAGGAGACAUGCUCAAUCAAUAGCCCAGAGCAGGACACAUAGAAAGACAUAAUGUUGAAACUCAUAUCAGAGACAUGUCUCAGCUUUUACUCGGCUAGAUCCGCGCUUUGUCUGUAGCGGUGUCUGCGUGGAGCUAGUAGGGGUCGACAAAAGGCAAUGCGUUGGUUGUGUGACAGAUGGGCUUUUGUGAGAAAUCUCCGACUCCCCACCAACAUGACCUCCAGCGUCACACGUAGAGUGGAGCGUGCGGGUGGGAGUUGUCUGCUCAGGCUCUAACGCAUUGUUGUGUUGUGUUGUGUUGGGGGAUGAGCCUGAGCCUACGUUACUACGCUAACGUUACUGCUGCUCCUGCUGCUGCUGCAACUAGCUCCUAGCGAGCGCCUCUAGUCUCUGAAUGGUCCACUAAGCUAAUGAUUGAAUGCUCUCCGUAGAGUUUAAUAUGGAGGCUGCACAGCCACCCAGCAGACCUCUCUCUCCUUCUACUAGUCAGUGAACAGAGCUCAGUAUCGGCCGGUGGAUGAGAACACAGUGUACUGAACUAGAGCCACCUAGCAGGCCUGGUCGCCAUCGCUCUGUAGGGCUGCUGGCUAGCUACCGUCCUCCUCAGCUAGCCAAGCUGCUCGUCAACCCCAGGGGCUGGAGCUGAUCCCAGCUGACAUUGGGCGAAGGCGGGGUACACCCUGGACAGCAACACGGAGUGUCAAGAUGAAGAAGAAAGCUCGGCAGCACCGGGUCGCGGUGCCGCAGAGGCCACCGUCGCCCAUCAAGCCUUCCCCCAACAAGCAGAUCCUGACUUACGAGCAGGCGCAGCGCAUGGUGGAGUUCGAUCUCGAUGGCCGCCUCCAUCGCAUCAGCAUCUACGACCAGCUGGAUGUGAUCUCGGACGAUGACCCCAUGGUGCAGGAGAUGAUGGAGUGUACCAGCAAUAAGGAGAAUGCUGAGAAGCCGCAGCAGCAGGUCCUUCUGAGGUCAGUCAGACUAAAAAACAACCAGGAGAAGAGAAACGCAGCGCUGGGCAUCGCUGCUCAUGGAGAUGGAGGUGGACACCUGGCCGCUAGUAAUGCUGGUCCAAAGCUUCAAGAGCCUAAAUUUCGUACAGUGGAAUAUAAUCUUCCAGCAGUUCCUAAGCGCUCAGCUGCCUUUUACAAAUACACGGAAAAGACUGAGGAGGAGCUGGAUGAGGAAACGGAGUAUGAUAUGGAUGAGGAAGAUUAUGCCUGGCUGGAUUUAGUGAAUGAAAAACGGAAGAGCGAAGGGGUCAGCCAGGUCUCUCACAACGUCUUUGAGUUCCUCAUCGACCGCUUUGAGAAAGAGUUGCACUUAGAGAGUCUGGAUCAAAGCAGCGAAAAGCAAGCGCCCAUCGACGAGGACGCUGUCUGCUGCAUCUGCGUGGAUGGAGAGUGUCACAACAGCAAUGCCAUCCUGUUCUGUGAUAUGUGCAAUGUGGCCGUGCAUCAGGAAUGUUACGGCGUGCCCUACAUUCCCGAGGGCCAGUGGCUCUGCAGACACUGCCUCCAGCUACCCACCCAGCCCGCGGACUGCAUCCUCUGUCCUAACAAGGGCGGAGCGGUGAAAAAGACAGACGAUGACCGCUGGGGCCACGUGGUGUGCGCUCUCUGGGUCCCUGAGGUCGGCUUCUCCAACACCACCUUCAUUGAGCCCAUCGACGGCGUCAGCCACAUUCCUCCAGCCCGCUGGAAGCUCACCUGCUACCUCUGCAAGGAGAAAGGCGUCGGGGCGUGCAUCCAGUGCCACAAAGCCAACUGUUACACCGCCUUCCACGUCAGCUGUGCCCAAAAGGCUGGCCUCUUUAUGAAGAUGGAGCCGAUCAAAGAUGUGACGGACGCCGGAGAGCCCACGUUCUCUGUGAAAAAGACGGCCUACUGUGGAGCUCACACACCUAACGGAUGUGUGAGGAGGCCUCUCGCGAUCUACGAUGAUGCCAAACCCAAAAACGGACUAUGUAAGAAAGUGGACAAAGGGAGAGGUAAAGGACAAUCGAAAGGAAAGAAGAGUAAGAGUAAGAAGCCUGAACCUGAACCUGAAAGUGAAGCUGCAACCCCUGUUACUGUGCCUACGUUUCCUGCUCACAGGUUACAAACCAUUCUGAACCAGGUGUCAGUUCAGAAGAAGAAAGCAUUAGUGGAGCUGGUGCUAAAUUACUGGACGCUAAAGAGACAAUCCAGGAAUGGGCUUCCCCUCAUCAGACGUCUUCAGACAAGCAUGCAUUCUCAGAAGAAUGCGCAACCGGUUUGUUCAUCUAAGCAGAGUGAGGAGGAGGGCAGGGCACUGAAGGAUCAGCUGAAGAAGUGGCACCGUCUUCGACACGACCUGGAGAGAGCCCGGCUGCUGCUGGAGCUGAUCCGCAAGAGGGAGAAGCUCAAGAGGGAAGAGAUUAAACUGCAGGAGACCCUCCUAGAGAUGCAGCUGAGUCCCUUCAGUAUUUUGCUCCGAGCCCUUUUGGACCAGCUCCAGACUAAAGACCAGGCCAAGAUCUUUACCCAGCCAGUUGAUGUCAACGAGGUGCCCGACUACCCCGACCACAUCAAGCACCCUAUGGACUUCUCCACCAUGCGGGAGCGCAUCGACGCCCAGGCCUACAACAACUUUGACCAGUUUGAGAAUGACUUCAACCUCAUUAUUGAUAAUUGUAUGAAAUAUAACUCAAAGGACACAUAUUUCUACCGGGCUGCUGUUCGACUCCGAGACCAGGGCGGGUCCCUGCUCAGAAAUGCCCGGCGAGACGUGGAGAAAAUCGGCUUUGACACGGAAAGCGGCACGCAUCUGGCUGAAGCUCCGGAAAUCAAAGCAUCGACAUCCUUUUCUUGGGAGGACGUGGACAACCUCCUAACGCCAGCCAAUCGGGAGCACCUGUCUCCGGACAAGCAGCUGCAGCAGCUACUGGAGAAGUUUGACCUGACCUGCGCCAUGAAGUCCAGCCCCUCCCGCAGCAAGCGCCUAAAGCUGCUCAAAAAGACCAUCAACGACGUGCGCAAUGAAAUGAGCCUAAAGAGAAUCCUACCCUCCCACCACCACCACCACCAUCACCACCACCACCACCACCACCACCAUCACCACCACUCUUCUUCCUCCACAACUCCUUCCACAUCGUCUUCAUCAGCUGCUUCCCACCCAGAGUUGAGUACACCUAAAGAAGAGGGAUUGAAGCCCAAUGGACAUUUUCCAGAUGAUGAGGCAGACAAGUCUCUUCCUCCCAAACUGGAGCCUUCGGACUCCAUCCCUCCCCUCAUCCACUCAGACGCCGACUCCCACGCCGAGCCCCCCACCCUCAAACCCAUCGAUGACGCUCCAGACUGCGACGACAAGCAUCACGGCAAGCGCGUCAAGUUCGACGGGGAAAUACCAGACCUGCUCUCGUCCUCCGCUCCGCGCCUCAACGGCCACUGCCACGACAGCCUACAGAAGUCGCUGUUGGACGGGGACGUGAGCGUGGUGGCCACGUCGACCCUCGCAGAGCCCACGGGCACGGUUAACCGCAGGACGGCCGUUGCUCUUCCGCAAUCGAAGGCCACCAGUCCCCACAAGCCCCCGAGGAGCGGGGGUGAGGGGGGCGGCGGAGUUGACAGAACAGAAGGCGUGGAGGAGGAAGGCGAAGACGGCGCACAACUGGGAUCCAAAUCCUUCCUGUCGGUGGUCAUACCCAGGCUGGAGACGCUGCUUCACAGCAAGAAGAGGAAGCACAGCGGCAGCAGAGACGGCGAGGAGGAGGGAGGAGAGGGAGAGCAUGAAGAGGAGGGAGAGUCCCCUGUGAAACGACUUGACACUGGCUUGUCGAGUGGUUUUCUGGAGGUGGAAGAGGAGAAGGAGCUAGAAGACUCUAGUAGAGCCAGUAGACCUGUGGAGCCACGAAGACGCUGUGCCUCUGAGUCCUCCAUCUCCUCAUGUAGCAGUCUGCCAGGAAGCACCAGCACUAUCCUCAGUCUUCCAAAAUGUGGGAAAGGGAAACCUGCCUUGGUCCGGAGAAACACUGUGGACGAUAAGAGCGAAUUAAUCGCCUGCAUCGAAACCGGGAACUUUGCAAAAGCUGCACGCAUCGCUGCUGAGGUUGGCAACAGCAAUAUUUGGAUGCCCGCUAGUGCUGCAACAGUUGCAUUGGAACCCCUAAAGCUAGUUUGGGCCAAAUGUAGCGGAUACCCUUCCUACCCUGCCUUGAUCAUCGACCCCCACAUGCCGCGCGUGGGCUGCCAGCACAACGGGGUGUCCAUCCCCAUGCCCCCCAUGGACGUGCUCCGCAUCGGAGAACAGAUGCAGUACAAAGCCGAAGAGAGACUCUACCUCGUCCUCUUCUUCGACAACAAGCGCAGCUGGCAGUGGCUUCCUAGAUCCAAGAUGGUUCCUCUGGGAAUGGACAAGACCAUAGACAAAAUCAAAAUGAUGGAGGGACGCACGUCCAGCAUUCGCAAGGCUGUCCAGAUCGCCUACAGCCGCGCCAUGAACCACCUGAGCAUAGUGCAGGACGAGCCAGUCAGCGACCUCAGCGACGUGGACUGAUGACGCUCACAGACUCUCUCUCCCCUCACACACACACACACAAAACCUCUCCUGUACCAAAUACCUUCCCCCCCCCACCACCCCCACUCUCUCUGUCUCUGCAGGAGACUCAAAUGUUUACUGGCCACCUGCUGUAACAGGUGGUGUCCUCUUCCUCAUCCAUUCCUACUCUCACACACUCCUACCAUGUGCCGAUGGGAUACGGCUGCUGCUCAAAUGAAUGUGUCUAUCUCUCCUCUCCACCUCCAGGUUUGUAACUGUGCUUAGAGACUGCUCUUUAUGUCCCUCUCUCACUCACUCCACCUAUCGUGACUGUCAUUCAUCAUUUCAAGGCAAGUGAUUGAUUUCGUACAUUUUUGAAGCCUUACCAAAUGCGUCUGUGGUGUCAGGACUUUGUAGUAAGACAAGAACUUAACACCGGCCGUUACAUUUUGGCGGCGACUGAUGGGUUCGUUAUUUUGGCAGGUAGCCAAUCAUCAUUUCUGUUCCAAGUUAUUAAAAAAAGAAGCAUCUAGUAGUGGACAAAAAUGUACAUUUCCUGCCUACAUGAAAGCUUUUCAGUUGUAGCCAAAGCUUAAGUUAAGUCAAGGUCACAUUUACAUACCGGUCAUCUGCAUUUACAAACCCCUUCCUUUGUAUUUAAUCUGUAAAUAAUCUGUACAGUUGCCUGACACUAACUUAUUUUGUAGUUUUGACAUCAAUGGGUACUGUACAGGAGUUUUCUUAGUAUUUAUACUUGAUGCAUUCUUGGCACUAACAUGCGAGUGCUAUUUUGACAAGUGCUGUAUGAUCUCGGAGAAUAAAAAAAGCCUUAGUAUUAAGGAGAUUAGGGCUAAAAUGUCAUGGUUCUGCAAAGUAUUAAUUUUUUAAGUUAUUGAAGUUUAUAAUCGUAAGCUUCCAUUUGGCAUUAAUCCUUUUUGUAUUACAAAAUAGUUUUAGUAUAUUUUUGUUCAUAUAUAUUUAUAUGAUUUGAAUACACGGUAUGUAAGUCUCUGAAGCUCAUACAGGCAGUCUGAUGUUGUGGACCCGGAACGUAUAUUGUUCCCAAGAAACCAAAAAUGUUGCUACCCAGAAGUUUUUUCACAAAUUAAUUUUGUGUGUGACGUGUGAAAUUGUUGCCAAAAAAAGGACAAAAAGUAAAAGUGUAUUUUUCUGUGAUACAUUUGACUGUUACUUGGUUUUGCUGUAGUCGUAGGGAAGACGUGCCUGCAGUAACUUAUUGUAAAGUAUUUGCAUUACUUUAUAUCCGAGGAAAGACAAGUGCAAACUGAUUGUGGUAAAGUGGCACAUUUUGUGGUGGAUACUUGCCUUCUUUUUAAGUAACCUUUUUCUAACUUCUUUUGUAGUUGUAGACUUCAAGACAUUUCAUUUUUAUACUAUUGCCUAUUUUUUCUGGGUAGCAUUGGGUCAUUUUGGUAUAUUUAAUUUUGUACUUAACUGUAGUAGUUUUUUUAAUCAGGUCAUAUGAAAUAUUGCUGGGACUGUUUUGUUUUUCUAGCAAAAAAUAAAAUACAAAUAUGAACACAU